ACUUCCUAUUUGGGGACCUUCUGAAUCCGGGUCAAGGGUGUCCGCCUUCCCUUCCCGGCAGAUCAGGCGGCACCCUCGGUGACAGCGGCUCCACCUGGCUCAGCCCAGGGCCCGUCUCGUCUCCACACCUGCUGAAGCCCGAACGCCCACCCCUGUCCCGUGCCGCGGAGGCGCGCUUCCUCCACCUGCCGGCUCACAACCCCGCGUCCGAAGAGCCCGCCGCUGCCGGGGGCCCUCCGCUGGCGCCUCCGAGCUGAUGCUGAGAAGGACCGCGGACCCGGGGCGGCGGCGGCGGCGUGCGGGCCUCCGGCUCCCUAGGCCCGCCGCGGGCGGGGCUGGCUCUCCCGCGCCCCACGCUUGCCAACUCCUCCCGCCCGCUCUUGCAUGGGCCCCCCUGCCCGAUAAAUGUGGCUGCUGAGGCGGCGGUGGCGGUGGCCGAUCCUGCUGCUGCUGCUGCUGCUGCUGUGCUCCAAGUGUACCUCCGCCCCGGGGCCCUCUCGCCCCACCUCGGGGCUGACUCCGCCCGCUCCCUGCCGCUCGGCCUGGCGACGUGACGACCAUGGACAAGAUCCUGGAGGGCCUGGUGAGCUCGUCCUACCCGCUGCCGGUGAAGCGGGUGAUCGUGCGGAAGGUGGUGGAGUCGGCCGAGCACUGGCAGGACGAGGCGCAGUGCCAGGCUAUGUUUGACCUGACCACCCGGCUCAUCUUGGAGGGCCAAGACCCCUUUCAGCGGCAGGUGGGGCACCAGGUGCUGGAGGCCUACGCACGGUACCACCGGCCCGAGUUCGAAUCCUUCUUCAACAAGACUCUCGUGUUGGGCCUUCUCCAGCAGGGCUACCAUUCGCUGGACAGGAAGGAUGUGGCCAUCCUGGACUACAUCCACAACGGCCUGAAGCUCAUCAUGAGCUGCCCCUCGGUGCUGGACCUCUUCGGCCUGCUGCAGGUGGAGGUGCUGCGGCUGGUGUGCGAGCGGCCCGAGCCGCCGCUGUGUGCCCGGCUCAGCGACCUCCUGAGCGACUUCGUGCAGUGCAUCCCCAAGGGGAAGUUGUCCAUCACCUUCUGUCAGCAGCUGGUUCGAACGAUAGGCCACUUCCAGUGCCAGUCCACCCAGGAGAAAGAGCUGCGGGAGUAUGUCGCUCAGGUGACCAAAGUGAGCAACUUGCUGCAGAACAUCUGGAAGGCCGAACCCUCCACCUUGCUGCCUUCCCUGCAGGAAAUUUUUGCAAGCAUCUCUUCCACGGAUGCAUCAUUUGAACCUUCUGUAGCAUUGGCAAGCCUUGUGCAGCAUAUUCCUCUUCAGAUGAUUACAGUUCUCAUCAAGAGCCUUACUACGGAUCCAAAUGUCAAAGAUGCAAGUAUGACCCAAGCUUUUUGCAGGAUGAUUGAUUGGCUGUCCUGGCCAUUGGCUCAGCAUGUGGAUACAUGGGUGAUUGCACUCUUGAAAGGACUGGCAGCAGUCCAAAAGUUUACUAUUUUGAUAGAUGUUACUUUACUGAAAAUAAAACUGGUUUUUAAUCGACUUCAGUUUCCUCUUGUGAGGCCUGGUGCUCUUGCAGUUCUUUCUCACAUGCUGCUUAGUUUUCAGCAUUCUCCAGAGGCAUUCCAUUUGAUUGUUCCUCAUGUGGUUAAUUUGGUUCACUCCCUCAGAAGUGAUGGUCUGCCUUCCAGUACAGCCUUCUUAGUACAGUUAACAGAAUUAAUACACUGUAUGAUGUAUCAUUACUCUGGAUUUCCAGAUCUCUACGAACCCAUUCUGGAAGCAAUAAAGGACUUACCUAAGCCCAGUGAGGAGAAGAUUAAAUUGAUUCUCAAUCAAAGUGCCUGGACUUCUCAAUCUGACGCUUUGGCAUCUUGCUUGUCUAGACUUUCUGGAAAAUCUGAAACUGGGAAAACUGGUCUUAUUAAUCUAGGAAAUACAUGUUACAUGAACAGUGUUAUACAAGCAUUGUUUAUGGCCACAGAUUUCAGGAGACAAGUAUUAUCUUUAAAUCUAAAUGGGUGCAAUUCAUUAAUGAAAAAAUUACAGCAUCUUUUUGCCUUUUUGGCUCAUACACAGAGAGAAGCAUAUGCACCUCGGAUAUUCUUUGAAGCUUCCAGACCUCCAUGGUUUACCCCCAGAUCACAGCAAGACUGUUCUGAAUACCUCAGGUUUCUGCUAGACAGGCUCCAUGAAGAAGAAAAAAUCUUGAAAGUUCAGUCCUCACACAAGCCUUCUGAAAGUCUGGGAUGCAUUGAAACUUCUCAGGAAGUAGCCAGUAAGGCAGCUGUACUGACAGAGACCCCUUACACAAGUGAUGGUGAGAAGACUUUGAUAGAAAAAAUGUUUGGAGGAAAACUACGAACUCACAUAUGUUGUUUGAACUGCAGGAGUACCUCACAAAAAGUGGAAGCCUUUACUGAUCUCUCCCUCGCCUUUUGUCCUUCCUCUUCCAUGGACAGCUUGUCUUUCCAAGAUCCAGCAUCAUCGCUCAGUAUACCGGAUGGUGGUCUACUGCAAGCCUGUCCUGGUCCUUCAGAAGAACCAGGAAUUUAUAAUCCAGCAGCAGCUACCUUUGUCUAUGAUUCAGUUAUGAAUGAAAGAAUGGCAGGCCACCCUCCUGAUGAAUUUUGCUGUACUGAAAAUACUUCUGUCCCUAGUGAAUCUAAUAAGAUUUUUAUUAAUAAAGAUGUACCUCAGAAGCCAGGAGGUGAAGCCACACCUUCAGUAACUGACUUACUAAAUUAUUUUUUGGCUCCAGAGAUUCUUACUGGAGACAACCAGUAUUAUUGUGAAAACUGUGCCUCUUUGCAGAAUGCCGAGAAAACUAUGCAAAUCACGGAGGAACCCGAAUACCUUAUUCUUACUCUCUUGAGAUUUUCAUAUGAUCAGAAGUAUCACGUGAGAAGAAAAAUUUUAGACAAUGUGUCACUGCCACUGGUUUUGGAGUUGCCAGUUAAAAGAACUACUUCUUUCUCUUCAUUGUCAGAAAGUUGGUCUAUAGAUGUUGACUUUACUGAUAUUAGUGAAAACCUAGCUAAAAAAUUAAAGCCUUCUGGGACUGAAGAAGCUUGCUGUCCCAUUUUGGUGCCCUAUCUAUUAAGUUCUGUUGUCGUUCACUCUGGUAUAUCCUCUGAAAGUGGGCAUUACUACUCCUAUGCUAGAAACAUCACAGGUACAGAGUCCUCAUACCAGAUGUGCCACCAGUCUGACACUCUGGCAUUAGCUUCCUCCCAGAGUCAUUUACUAGCAAGAGAUAGUCCUAGUGCAGUUAUGGAACAGGAUUUAGAAAAUAAGGAAAUGUCAAAAGAAUGGUUUUUAUUUAAUGACAGCAGAGUGACAUUUACUUCAUUUCAGUCAGUCCAGAAAAUUACGAGUAGAUUUCCAAAGGACACAGCUUAUGUGCUUUUGUAUAGAAAACAGAGCAGCACUAAUGGUUUGAGUGGUAAUAAUUCAACCAGUGGACUCUGGGUAAAUGGAGACCCACCUCUACAGAAAGAACUUAUGGAUGCUAUAACAAAAGACAAUAAACUAUAUUUACAGGAACAAGAGUUGAAUGCUCGAGCCCGGGCCCUUCAAGCUGCCUCUGCCUCCUGUUCAUUUCGGCCAAAUGGAUUUGAUGACAAUGACCCACCAGGAAGCUGUGGACCGACUGGCGGAGGGGGUGGAGGAGGGUUUAAUACAGUCAGCAGACUCGUAUUUUGAUCCUGAGAGAGUCCAAAAUGCACUGGUCACAAAACACCCGAUACUUUGACUGUUAAAAUGUCACACUGUAAUAAGUAUCAUAGCUAUCUUUUAUUUUUCUUUUCAUUAGACCCUUAUACUUUUAAGAAAACACACUCAGUGCUUGUUUUUAUUUUCUUGACAAUAGAUUUAUUAACAAAAUGCAUCAUGGGGGGAAAAAUCUACCUCUUAAAAUUCCAUUUGCUUUUAUGCUUAGACAUGCUUGACCAAAAAUUUUCAAAGGAAAAUAUAUACCUGGUCCCUAAUUAAGCUGCAUUAAAUUUAGUGGAAGCAUUUAAAUGCUCCUAUCCUCAGUUUUACAGAACAAAAAUUUUAAUUCACUUAGCAUCCUUCAUAAAAGAAUUAUGUUAGAGGUGAAGGAAAUAUUGUUUGAAAAGAAGAAAAGCCCUUAUUUCCUAUGUAGUUAUCCCAUUAUUAAAUUUAAAUCUUUGAAAAUAUGAGAGAUGAUAAGGGUCUCUAAUGAAGGCAAUAACAUAAAAUUUAUCAAGCUCUUGUACUUGUCAGGAUUGUUUAAUGCUGUCUUCAGCAUCACUACCUGCAUUUGAAGUACAAAUGUUUUUAAAGGAAUUAUUUAUACGUACAUGAUGACUUGAUUUUAAGAAAAAGUGCAUGAUCCUAUAGGAGCAACAUUUUUGCCUACACAUUGCUAACUUUAUAGUAUUUCUAAUUGUUUAGGGAUUUAAAAAUUCUAUUUCAGGGAGUCCCUCUUCUGUGUGUUUUGAAGGAGGUGAGUUCUGUAUGUGCCUUGCAGUACUGUAAUUAAAAAAUAGGAAUCUUUGGCUGCGGGAAAGCUUUUUUAAAAUGAAAUGUUAGGGAGUGAUUUUUUUUGUGUGUGCUAACAUUAAAAUUAUAACUUUUAUGAAAGGUAUUAUUAGAUUUUCCUGAAGUAAAAAUCUGAUUGUUCUAAACCAAUGCGUGUGAUUGUUUUUAACUCUUAGGAGAAGAAUUCAUAGAAAAUAAACCCAGUCAAGUAAAAAAAUCUUUUUUUGAUUUUGUUACUUAAUCCUCAGAAUAUUAAACAUUGAGCACAUA